ACCGCGCCCGCCCUCGACACUCACGUAACCACAUUUUCUCCCACCAAACACCAAAAAUGAAGUCCGCUGUCAUGGCCGUUGCUUGCGCUGCUGGCGCGAACGCCUUCGUGGCACCCAGCGCCUUCAACGGUGCCGCCGUGGCCACCCAGGCCAAGUCCUCCUCGGCCAUGAAGAUGUCGUUCGAGUCGGAGAUCGGUGCGCAGCCCCCCCUCGGGUUCUGGGACCCGCUCGGCCUCCUGGCCGACGCUGACCAGGAGCGGUUCGAGCGCCUCCGCUACGUGGAGGUGAAGCACGGGCGCAUUGCUAUGCUCGCCAUCGCCGGCCACCUGACCCAGCAGAACACCCGCCUCCCCGGCAUGCUCUCGAACUCGGCCAACCUGUCCUUCGCCGACAUGCCCAACGGUGUGGCCGCCCUCUCCAAGAUCCCCCCGGCGGGCCUCGCCCAGAUCUUCGCGUUCAUCGGCUUCCUUGAGCUGGCUGUGAUGAAGAACGUGGAGGGCUCCUUCCCCGGAGACUUCACCCUCGGCGGCAACCCGUUCGGGUCCUCGUGGGACGCUAUGUCGGAGGAGACCCAGGCGUCGAAGCGCGCGAUCGAGCUCAACAACGGGCGCGCGGCACAGAUGGGCAUCCUCGCCAUGAUGGUGCACGAGGAGCUCUCCAACCAGCCCUACAUCAUCAACGACCUCGUCGGCGCGUCGUACACCUUCAACUAGAUUUUUUACCAACAUACUGUUUGAAUUGCCGUUGUUUCGCUUUCUUUGUUUUGCCGCUUGGAAGUUUUUGUGUUGGAACUGGGCGUGUUGUGUGUUUCCUCUUUUUUGGAAGGGUGACGGACACCAUUUUGGGAAACGCAUGAAUCAAUCCACAUACACACAACAAAUCUUUUUGCUUGUUUAUCCUUGGCGGAGGACAUCUCUCACGUUGUGGUGUUGGCUAGGUUGUGCUACGAAAAGCAAGCCGGUGCCUGCUCGCAUAAACUGAUGGUAGCUUUUAUUCAUGGAUCAAUGGCCCUGGUGGUGGCUGUGGUUGCACGUCGUUGCUGUACUACUAUGUCAGCCACCCACAUGCUCGUCACACGCGUAGAAUACACACGGUGGCCUCCCUCGAGCUUGCAGACUUGGAACGUCCAUGUUUUACCAAGGCAACUUCACUUCAGCCCAGCUGGGCUGAAGUGAACGCUCUUUGUCUUGCUUUUGUCGUUGGAAAAUGAGCGCGACGUGCUGGCAACAUAGUGCGGCCCUUCUCAAAACGAUUUGCGCAUCCGGAGAAACUUGG